AUGGUGCUGACGGUGAUGAUGGCACUCGGGUCCCGAGCAGACCCCGAGCCAGCUCUGGAGGCGCAGGAUGGGGGUAACAGAGGUCGCUUCCCGAAGUCCGAGGUGUCCAUCAACGUGGAGGCGGGCACGGAGCCGCGGUCGUCGGGGGAACACCGGCCCUCCGGCGACAGCUGGAAGGAGAAGACGGCGCACCGCAACUCCACCACCAGCGAGCAGCCGGAGCACACGCUGCUGCGCAGGAAGAGCAAGCAGUGGGCGCGCCGCCUCAGCAGGAAGACGCCCAAGCCGGCCAGCCGCGCCGAGCGCAUCUCCCAGCAGCGGCUCAGCCUGUACCGCCGCUCCGAGAGGCAGGAGCUGUCGGAGCUGGUGAAGAACCGCAUGAAGCACCUGGGCCUGCCCACCGUGGGCUACGAUGAGAUGAACGACCACCAGAACACGCUGUCCUACGUGCUCAUCAACCCUCCGCCGGACACCCAGCUGGAGCUGAACGACAUCGUGUACAUCAUCCGGUCCGACCCGCUGGCCCACAUGCCGGACGAGACCCCGGUGGGCCCGGCCCCGGGGACAAGGAACCAGCAGGAGUUCGGCACCGAGACCAGAGACGAGACCCACCUCUGAGCCGUCGGACCCCCACCCCGGGGCCCCGCUCAGACGGAGACGCCACGGAGAGAACACAACGCUGAAGCGCCGGUCCCGGACACUUUGGCUUUGUUCCCCAUCCCAGAUUGAGGCGGGGCGACCCCUUGGAGGAAGGCGUGUUCUUGGAUUCUGGCCUUAAAGCACGAGGAGUCGCGUGUGUUGGUGUGUCGGUGUGUGUGUGGAGGUGAGACGUCGACGUAACUGAGCUGCUAGUGAAGGAUGAAGAGUGCCUCGUCAUCAUCACCACCCCGUUCCUUUUGACUCUCGAAAAAAGUCUCACACUAAAUUACGCACCUUGACCGGUUGAUCAGUCACUCACCUGGUGACCCACCUCAGUCAUGUUACAUUCUCUCCAACUCCGCCCCUCGCUCCUAAAGGAGAACCAGACAGGUUGUUUUGCAUUGAUGGCUCCCCAGAGGUUAGACACAUGCUAAUGGACAACCCCUAAUGGGCAAUCAUGCUACUGUGGGCACAUGAACCUGUAAUGGGCCCACAGAGAGGUUCAACACAUGCCACUGCGGGAUUAUUAACCCUUAAUGGGCCCACAUGGUUGCUGGUCGCCUGCUGAUUAAGAGUUGAUGCGACAUACCUGUCUUCUGCUUACUCAAAUGAACUGAAGAUCGUUUAGAGAAGGAAUACAACCCGACUCACCUCAAUAACUCACCUUAUUAACACUCAAUAAAAGACAUUAUCACUCAACUCACCCUAUUAUCAAACUCAAUAACUCACCUUAUCACUCUCAUAAAUCACCUUACCACUCUCAAUAACUCACCCUAUUACUCUACAGAGCUCACCUUCUGAUCACUCUGAAUAGCCCAAGUUAAACCCGCUCACACAAACACUAAUAAUAACUCACCUUACUACUUUCCAGACUCUCCAACUGAUAACUCACCAACACAACGUAGAGCGACGUGUUAUACAUAAAAAAAAACCAUCCAAAGCAAAAAAGAAGCAAUGUAAGCUUUGUUUUGUAACCUGCAUGUACUCCCGGUCCGUAUUCCCUGGGCUCCGUCUCGUGUUUUAGAGGAGGCUCAGGAGACAACAGUUUAUAUCAUGUGGGAGAAUCGUAUCGGUGAACAUAGAGCGUCUUUCAAGUGGCCCGUCAAAGUGUGGAAGUGAGAUGGGAUUGUGAUAUGCAAAUAGACCCUAGUUUAAGAAUAACUGUAGGCAUCCCAAGUGGCUCACUGUAAAUUCAUAACAUAGUUGUGACAUUUUUAUAAAAAAAAGUGAGUUAAUAUCUAACGCACAGGAUCAGAAAGGCCAAUUGUUAGAUGUUAAACUAAAGCCUUAAUAUCAGAGAAUUAAAAAAGAUAAAAGUAUUAAUAGAAUGGAUUUAAACUAUUAUAAACUAUUUUAAACGUUCUUUGGACCCUAGAUGAUAACACCAGGUAAUAGUUCCUUUGUGGACUAUCAAAGGACUAUUAACUAUUACUUACUAUACUAAGUUACUAUGCUACUGAAGUCUAUGGAAAGGAUGUCAGAAGUCCAGCGGGGAAACUGUUGAAUGGAAGUCCUCCAUAUCAUAAAGGGAAACUCCAAAACGUUUGAGGUAAUAACCUUCUCCAUAUCAUAGUUAUCAGAUCAAAACAACUACAUUUUCUAGAGAAAUUCAUAUAUUUCUACAUGUUAAAAGUUGGCAAAUGAAAAAAAUGUAUCCGAUUUUUAUUUAUAUAUUGAUUUAUAUAACUGUAUUGGUUCUUGUUUGGACAGAUUGUUUUAUCACCGUGUUAAAAAACUUUGUUUUAAUCUCUAUGAGCACAAUUUCUACGAUGUAACGGCGUCGUGAAUUAUUUUUCACGGUUGAGAUGGAGUUUAGUGUAAAAGAUUGUUCAAUUUAUUUAUUGUAAAUGUACACAUUUGUAUCUAUUCGUGCAUCAUAUGCCUCAUAUCUAGCUUUGUAAAUAUAUCGCCAACUCGUUAUUUGCCACACCACCAACUUUGUCCUCACAUGGUUGUACAGAAUAUUUAUUAUUUAAAUCGGGCAAAGGAAUAGUUUACUUCUGAAUAUCUUUAUAACGCCAUUUUCUAACUCUUCGAUGACGUAACGUUGCAGUGUGCCUGGUCUGCCCAAACGGUUUUGCACGGAGAGCGACAGAAAACGUCCACGUCCAUCAGUGACCCUUGAGAUCCAAUGUUAGAGGCAACGGCUUGAGGGGGAGACUGUGUCCAUGUACGAUCAUUCAAGCCUUUCUGUUGAAUUCGAUGCUUUCCAUUCAACAAAGCGAAGUUUUAACGUGGUCCAGAGCGACAUAACGUCAUCACCCUUUCGUUUGACCUGUGGGUCGCGUUUAGGUUUAGGAGGUUGACGAAAACAGAACUUGAACUACUUUUGCACUACGCUCUGUUUGGGGGACGAACAGAGUGAACAGCAUGACCCUUUAAUCUGAAUCUAGACGUAUAUCUAGACGUAUUCAACCGUCCCUAUGAACGGUCCCACCUGACAGCCGAGUGGCGGACUAAUCCUCCCUAUACGCGGCUGUGAGUCCCAGCGACGAACAGAGACAGACGCAGAACGCUAGAGACCCACGCUAAGGUGUUUGUCGUUUUCACUGUUGUCGCUACUUGUCUUUGACUGUAUAUAUAUAUAUACACACACGGUAUGCGGUACACCUGGUGCCAGGAUGUUUACAGGUCCAGCGAAGACGGAGCAUGACCUCAUCACGACGAGGACGGACGCCUCGUCAUGUGACCGGGAGCAGCCUGGGCUAUAACCCCCACAACCCCUGACCCCAUCUGAUUAACCCAUCAAGCCAUACGGGCCAAACUUCCUUAGAGUAUCCUAUCUAUAGGGGCAUGCAAACACUAAAGAGCAUGUUUUGAUAUACAGCCUGCCAAGAACGACAUGUCGGUCUCUACCGUGGACCACGGCUACUGCUUGUGUUUUAUAACCUUGUCCUCUGAUACUGUGUAUUACCAUGGAUGCACUGUGCAUGCCGUGUGGUUGUGUGUCCCCAUGUUUACCUUUCUCCCCAUCAUGUUUCUAAGUCAUCGUUCAAAGGGUUGAUCAUUUUGUACUAUUUAUAUGAAGUCGGUGCACUUCACAUUACAAGCAGAACAUGAACAAAUAAAAAGCUGCAUGCAGCCGUAUAUAUUGAACAAAAAAUGAUAUUUUAUGUAUUUCCUCCUUCGAGUGACAUGAUCAACAUUAAAAUCAUCAAGUGAAUAGAUCUGAGUGUGGUUUUGAUUGGCGUCUGAUUGG